ACCACGGAAGAAUCACAAAACCCCUCAGAUCCAGGCCAUGAUUGCAGCAGCUGUGGCUGCAUCUAUGGAAAAGGCCUUUGCUAAGUCGUUCCAGUCGGAACAGGACGCACCUAAGCCCCAGGACUCCAUGGCCACGACCAUGGAUAACCCACAAGAGG